AUGUCUGGGAAGAGGCACGAGGCAAUACCGCACAGCAGCACGCCUACACCAAUACAGGACAUGACAUUGUCACUGCAUCACUCCCGCAUACUCCCGCCAGAACGCAAUUGCAUCAUAAGCAUUGAAUCAUUGAAAGCUCGUGGCAGAGGGACCGCGGAGCAAUGCCCGGCUGUCCGAUGGUUUCGCUUGCCGAUUCCUCUGCGAUUGCAAAGAGUUUCCUGGACCCGGCGUGUGGCGCUGGACGCCUUCUCGGAUCACGAAACGCAAGUGGACAUCUCAGUUAGCGCACCUCGAAUCUCCAAGACUGCUGAAACACACGUCGCCGCUUCCUCUUGUGACGGUGCUAUAGCGAUGGCUUCCACGACGCAGGGGUUCAGCUUCUGUUUCUUCGGGCUCCGAGCUGUCGUGACCUUGGGCAACUUCGUCUCCCAGAACAUUGCCCGUCAGAAUUUCAGAACUUCAAGUAAUGGUCGCGCAAGACCUGCAAGCGAGCUUCCAGCUGGCAGAGCAGCACAUGCACCCUUCUUUUCUGCUCUUGGAGGCGGCCUUGUACCAGCCUCCCGGGUUGGUCAACAAACUUGCAUUUUCACAGUUCACAAGAAUCUUGUCCAGGUCCUCCUUAAGUGCGUUCAGCUGUUCGGUUUGGCCUUUCAGGAGCUUUGCACGGCCCAAGAACAACUCGAACUGCUCUUCGGCGCGAUCGGGCGCUCGACGCGCUGA